AUGAAAUUAAUGGGAAAACUGGCUGAACCAGAACUGAGAAGCCACUCUCACACGGACCCGCACCUUAUACAACCGAUCCCCCUCUAUAGCCGGCGGAUCGCUUGUGAGAAGCCAUUUAAAUGUGAGCAAUGUAACUACGUAGCGUCAAAUCAACAUGAAGUGACACGGCAUGCCAGGCAGCUCCACAAUGGUCCAAAACCUUUAACAUGCCCACACUGUAACUAUAAGACAGCAGACCGCAGCAAUUUCAAAAAGCAUGUGGAGUUGCACGUCAACCCACGUCAGUUCCUGUGUCCUGUUUGUGAUUAUGCUGCAUCUAAGAAGUGUAAUUUACAAUAUCACAUCAAGUCCAGACAUUCAGGUUGCACUGACAUAACAAUGGAUGUUUCCAAAGUGAAACUGCGAACAAAAAAAGAAAUGUCUGUUUCAGAGAUUAGUGUAAAUAAGCAAGAAGAAAAAGAAAACUCAGAAGUAAGAUCUGAGUCUGUAGAAAAGAAAACUGAUGGCAAACUAAAACUGGGUAAAGAGAAAAGUGAAACACUUAAAACUGCUUCAGUUGGCCAGGUUACCAAACGUAGUUGCAAGAUCUUUUCACUUAAGACUGUUGAAGAUACAAGUGGUGAUAAGAAUGCCUUAAAAUCUAGACGUGCAAAAAGAAAAUUGGGUUCGGCACCUGAGAAACCACUGAAUACUCAUGAUGCACAGAAUACCAGUAUGAAGAAAAAUAAAUUGGGUCAAAAUAACCAACCAGUGCGUGAAGUCCUUAAAAAAGUAAACCGAGCUGGAAAGUCCCAGAAAAAGAAGUUAUUUAUAAAUAAGAAUAACCGACAGAAACCCCUUAAGAAAAAAACUAUAUUGGAAAACACUGAUAUUACAAAAUGCAAAUCUAAAAAAACACCUGUAGAUAAGGAUGCAGAAAAUAAUCUACAGCAGAACCAAUAUUCAAGCAGGGAAUCUGACACACCUUUGGGGGCUUCAUGUGCUGUUGAAAUUGUAGCUGAUCAGUCUGGUGCUAAAGAACCCAUAGAAAACAGUCAACAGGGAGAAGACAACAGUACAGAAGAGGGUAUUGUAAAUGAUGCAUUUUCUUCAGACAAUGUUCCUAGUUCAACUAAUGACAAAAUAGAGUGUUCUUGUGAGCUGCUUUUAGAAAAAGACAAUAGUUUAUGUGAUGAAGAAGUUGCUCAGCCAGAUAACACUCUAGUGAGCCAUAACACUGAAAAAAAUGAUACAGAAACAGAAUCCUUACCAGAGGUACAAACCUCAGACCAUGAUUCCCAAGCAGAUGAAUCUGCAGCAGUAGCAGAAGAACUUCAGUGUCACCCUGAGAACGAAACUGAAUACAGCUCACGGGUGGAAAAUUCGCUACAAUGCAAUUCAGAUGUCUUAACGUCACCUCAGCCACCAUCAAGUGCAACAAUUGAUCAGGAUCCAAAAUGCAGUGACCAUCGUCCAUCUGACCUCAUUAGUAGUGCAUCCUUGGAUGUUGAGGAAGAUGAAGGAAUUCACAGUCACGAAGGCAGUGAUAUAAGUGAUACUGUUUCAGAAAGAAGUGAUGACUCUGGCUUAAAUGGAUUACAAUGUGCUCAAGAAACCUUAUGUCCAAAACCUUCAGGUGAAUUGCCUCAGGUUGAUAAAACUGUUGCUGCUGAAACUUUUACCUGCAUUUUUUGUGAUCGUACAUUCAAGAAAGCAGAGGAAUAUACAAAGCACCUGAAACGCCAUUUAGUCAAUGUGUAUUACCUUGAAAGAGCUGCACAAGAUCGGCUGUAAAUAGAAGCAAUUUUCAUAAACACUGUUACUUACAACUUUGGUUCUUUUAUGUUCUCUAAAAUGGUACAAAACUCUCC